AGCCGGAGCGGGAGCCGGAGGAGCCGAAGCCUGAGUUGGAGCGGUAGCGAGAAGCCGAAGAAGCCGAAGCGGGACUCCGGGCCGGCGCGCACGCACGCACGCACGCGGGGGGCGGGGCCGGCGCGCGCCCGCCUGUCGCGACUGUCGGCGCCGAGGCCCAGGGGGAGGUGGCCUGUCGCGGGUCGCCCGGCUCCCGGAGGCGAAGGGGGCGCGGGCGGAUGGCGGAAGGCGGCCAGCCGCAGCAGCAGCCGCCACAGCUCGGGCCCGGUGCCGCUGCCCGGGGCAUGAAGCGGGAGUCGGAGCUGGAGCUGCCGGUGCCCGGAGCGGGGGCAGACGGACCCGAGCCCGGCCUGAGCAAGCGGCCGCGCACCGAGGAGGCGGCCGACGGCGGGAUGCAGAACGAGCCGCUGACCCCAGGUUAUCAUGGAUUCCCAGCACGGGACAGCCAGGGUAACCAGGAGCCAACAACAACUCCUGACGCAAUGGUCCAGCCUUUUACUACCAUCCCGUUCCCACCACCUCCACAGAACGGAAUUCCCACAGAAUACGGAGUGCCACACACUCAGGACUAUGCUGGCCAGACCAGUGAACAUAACCUGACGCUCUACGGGAGUUCACAGGCCCAUGGAGAGCAGAGUAGCAAUUCACCCAGCAACCAGAACGGAUCUCUCACGCAGACAGAAGGUGGAGCGCAGACAGACGGACAACAGUCACAGACACAAAGUAGUGAAAAUUCAGAGAGUAAAUCCACCCCCAAGCGACUACAUGUCUCUAAUAUUCCCUUCCGCUUCCGGGACCCUGACCUCCGACAGAUGUUUGGGCAGUUUGGCAAAAUCCUAGAUGUGGAAAUAAUCUUUAAUGAGCGUGGCUCCAAGGGAUUCGGGUUCGUAACUUUCGAGAAUAGUGCUGAUGCAGACAGGGCCAGGGAGAAAUUGCACGGCACCGUGGUAGAGGGCCGUAAAAUCGAGGUGAAUAAUGCUACAGCACGCGUCAUGACCAAUAAGAAGAUGGUCACGCCAUAUGCAAAUGGCUGGAAAUUAAGCCCAGUAGUUGGAGCUGUGUAUGGCCCUGAAUUAUAUGCAGCAUCCAGCUUUCAAGCUGAUGUAUCCCUAGGCAAUGAGGCAGCCGUACCCCUGUCAGGAAGAGGAGGCAUCAACACUUACAUUCCUCUAAUCAGUCUCCCUUUAGUUCCUGGCUUCCCUUACCCAACUGCAGCCACCACGGCAGCCGCGUUCAGAGGAGCCCAUCUGAGGGGCAGAGGGCGGACAGUGUAUGGUGCAGUCAGAGCGGUACCUCCAACAGCCAUCCCCGCCUAUCCAGGUGUGGUUUACCAGGACGGAUUUUACGGUGCUGACCUCUAUAUAGAAUCUGCAAACUGCUUCAGAUCAAACAGGGUGGAUAUGCAGCCUACAGAUAUGCACAGCCUGCUACUGCAACCGCAGCCACAGCUGCUGCAGCCGCUGCAGCCGCUUACAGCGACGGUUACGGCAGGGUAUACACAGCUGACCCCUACCAUGCCCUCGCCCCUGCCGCCAGCUAUGGAGUUGGCGCUGUGGCGAGCUUGUACCGAGGUGGCUACAGCCGAUUUGCCCCCUACUGAAGUGACGUGAGACCCCUGCAGAUGGGACAGCCCCCAGUUCAUGAGGCCUGGCUAUUGCAAUAUUACUAGUAGAGGACUCUAUAGCAAGAUGAAGAGGAAAACAAACAAAAAGAGAAUACUUUUUAUACCUCACUAUGUUCUUUGAAUAUGUAUUUUUCCUUUAAAUUUCUGCCUUUAAUUCUUUUGUUCCAAAGAU